AUGCGUUUCACUACCUACGCUUUCUCCGCCGCCUCGGCCUUUGCUGCCGUGAGCAGCGCCCUGCCUGCGUCCGGAACCAAGGGCGAAGGAUUUUCUUCUUCCAUGUCCUCCAUGCCAACUCCUACCCCGACGCCUUUCCUCGGUCUGCCCAUUGACACGUCUGUUCUCGGACUCAAGAACCGUCGAGCCAAUGCCGGAGUCGAGGUACGCGAUGCUGGUGUGGUGGCUGAACAGCCUGCCCGCCGCCAAUUCGAAGAGCUGGAGGCUGCCCUCGGCAUGCCCGACGACACGCCUUCCACUGGAAUUACCCGCCGCCAAUUCGAAGACGUAGCUGCUGCCCUCGCAGUUCCCGCUGAUACGUCUUCUACUCCCUCCAUCGUGAGACGCCAGCUCGAAAGCGCCCAAUUCAACCCUUGCAUGAGCUUCACCGGUGACAGCAUUUGCACCUACCUCUGCUCUUCUUCCCAGCAGGGCAAAGGUACUUGCCAGAAGGCCUCUGAGACCAGCGAGUUGGAGUGCGUCUGCGAAAACCCUACCAAGGAAGAGGAGCCCAAGGAGGAGCCCAAGACGGAGGAGCCUAAGGAGGAGGAGCCCAAGGAGGAACCAGCGUCUGCGGCACUCGUUUAA